UGACGUAAUUAAAGUGAAACUCCGUGGCCAUUUUUCCAACACAGCGCAAAACAAAUAUCGAAGUCCCAACCCAAGCAUGGCAUCUACUACACCUAAGAGUCUAGACUCAGCUCACUCGCCUCUCGCUUUCUCACUCACUGGUAAUUACUUGAACAAGCAAACAAAACCCACCGAGGUACCUGACCUCUUUCGCGGGCUUCACUUUCUCCCUCUUUCAAGGCUUGAUUUCCGAUUCUACCAUCACCCAAAUCUUCGUUUUUUUUUUUUUUAAAGGACACACUUGACUCUACCAUUAUUUCCUGUUAUCUGUACCGGAAUAUUUGUAAUUUUCUGUGCUCAGAUGAUUCGGAGCACAUAGAAUGGGCUGUGUUUUAGGCAAGGGAGAUCGACGGAAUACUCGCAAUCUUCGUCGGAGCUCUGACAAUGCCUCUUCCGCCGUUACCUUCACCGUGGCCGAAGACGUUAAUCAAGUCGUUAGAGUUAAGGAAGAGGAGAAAACGAUGGAGAAAAAUGAUAUCAGACGACACACCGGAGACUUUCCGCUGCCGGAGCGACGGAGACUUGGGACGCAGACUCAGCAGGGAUGGCCGUCGUGGCUUAUGGCUGUAGCCGGUGAUGCCAUCCGUGAUUGGACUCCACGUCGCGCAAGCACCUUUGAGAAACUAGACAAAAUUGGACAGGGGACGUAUAGCAAUGUGUACAAAGCUCGGGAUCUUGUGACCGGGAAAAUAGUGGCAUUAAAGAAGGUUAGGUUUGAUAAUUUAGAGCCAGAGAGUGUUAAGUUUAUGGCAAGAGAGAUACUUGUAUUGCGAAGGCUCGAUCAUCCCAAUGUGAUUAAACUUGAGGGUUUGGUCACAUCAAGAAUGUCUUGUAGUCUUUACUUGGUUUUUGAGUACAUGGAGCAUGAUCUUUCUGGUCUUGCUGCCUGCCAAACUGUCAAGUUCACUGUGCCCCAGAUCAAAUGCUAUAUGAGGCAGUUGUUGUCUGGGCUUGAGCAUUGCCAUAACCGAGGUGUCUUGCAUCGUGAUAUCAAAGGUUCCAAUUUGCUUAUUGACAAUGAGGGGAUACUGAAAAUUGCUGAUUUUGGAUUGGCUACAUUUUAUGAUCCUAGAAACAAGCAACCCAUGACUAGUCGAGUAGUCACCCUCUGGUACCGGCCCCCAGAACUCCUCCUUGGGGCCACUUACUAUGGUGUAGGGGUUGAUCUAUGGAGUGCUGGGUGCAUUCUGGCGGAGUUGCUUGCUGGCAAACCAAUAAUGCCUGGAAGGACAGAGGUCGAACAGCUCCACAAGAUAUUUAAGUUGUGUGGCUCCCCAUCAGAGGAAUAUUGGAAGAAAUCCAAAUUGCCAAAUGCAACACUUUUUAAGCCACAGCAGCCAUACAAAUGCUGUAUAGCGGAAACCUUUAAGGUUUUCCCAUCUUCUUCACUACCUUUAUUAGAAUCUCUUCUUUCAAUAGAUCCUGAUGAACGAGGCACUGCCACUGCAGCUUUAGAUAGUGAAUUCUUUACCACUGAACCUUGUGCUUGUGAGCCAUCUAGUUUACCAAAGUAUCCUCCCAGCAAAGAAAUGGAUGUAAAAUUGAGAGAUGAAGAAGCAAGAAGGCAAAGAGGUUUAAGUGGGAAAGCUAGUGCUGUUGAUGGUGCCAGGAGAGUUAAAGUUCGUGAUCGGGUUGGUCGGGCAAUUCCAGCUCCAGAAGCCAAUGCUGAGAUUCAAGCUAACUUAGAUAGAUGGAGAGCUGUGACACAAGGAAAUCCUAAGAGCAAGAGUGAGAAAUUUCCUCCACCCCAUCAGGAUGGAGCUGUAGGACACCCUCAAAACGCGGCAGUUAAAGCACCUGAUAUUUUUAUUACCUCAUCAACUUUCAAUCCAAAGUCAUCAUCAGCAUCUGCCAAAAGCACUGGAGCUUCUGAGGAGUCUUCCAGGAAGAGAAAACCCAAUAAGGAGGAUCCCCUCAUGGCUCCUCGGAAUUUCAUUCGUGGUUUCAAACCCUCCUCAGUUGGCCUAUCUCUGGAUAUGAUUUUCAAAGGUAAAUCAAAAUCCGAGGUUUUUGGCAGUGGAAAAGUAGAACACAUUGAAGAGAUUCGAAGAAACAACUUCUGGAUCGGACGUGAGGAGCAGAACAGAGUUGUUUUUAAGAUGUUACACAAGACUGUUAAACUCCUUUCUGCUGAACUCUACGCUAAAGAUGUGCAUUUUCUGAUGGAGCUCAUCCAGAAUGCUGAAGACAACGAGUAUCCAGAGGCUGUGGAUCCAUCACUUGAGUUUGUUUUAACCUCUCGUGAUAUAACUGGCACAGGAGCUCCAGCUACGUUGCUGGCAUUUAAUAAUGAGAAGGGGUUUUCUGCUGAGAACAUGGAGUCCAUUUGCAGUGCUGGUCUCUCCACAAAAGAAGGCAAGAGAAAACGCGGCCAAAUUGGGGAGAAAGGAAUUGGUUUCAAGAGUGUAUUUCUGAUCACUGCUCGGCCUUACAUAUUCAGCAAUGGCUAUCAGAUUCGAUUCAGUGAAGAGCCCUGCCCACACUGUAACAUUGCAUACAUGGUUCCUGAAUGGAUUGAGGAGAAGCCAACUCUAUCUGACAUCAAGCAAAUAUAUGGUUCGGCUUCCACACUCCCGAACACUGUAAUAAUCCUACCCCUGAAGCCUGACAAAGUCCAGCCUGUGAAGGAACAACUUUCCAGGGUUCAUCCAGAAAUUCUGUUGUUCCUUACAAAAAUCAAGCAACUAUCCAUCAGGGAACAUAAUGACAAUCCCAAGCUCAGUACUGUUAGUGCCAUUGCUAUCACUAGUGAGACUAACUUUGUGACAAGGAAGAAUAUUGAUGCUGAGUCCUAUACACUCUAUCUGUCUGCAACUGGGAACAAAUUUGAAAAAGAUUGCAGCUACUAUAUGUGGAAGCAGAAAUUUCCCGUAAAGGAGGAAAACAGAGUGGAAAGGAGAAUGGACAUAGAAGAGUGGGUGAUCACUUUGGCUUUUCCUUUUGGGAACCGUCUCGAGAGAGGGGCAACCUCUCCUGGAGUUUACGCUUUUCUUCCAACAGAGAUGGUUACAAACUUUCCCUUCAUAAUUCAAGCAGAUUUCCUUCUUGCUUCAUCCAGGGAAGCAAUACUAUUUGGUAACAAAUGGAAUGAAGGAAUUCUUGACUGUGUGCCAUCUGCUUUUGUUAAAGCACUAGAAUCAUUGGUCAAAACAGAAGGUGCUCCAGUAUCAAAUUUACCUCCGAUGUUCAAUUUCUUGCCAGUUAAAAGCUCUUCCUAUCAACAGCUGAAUGCUGUAAGAGAAUCAAUUAAAGCAAAACUGUUAGAAGAAAAUAUUGUUCCGAGUGAAUCAAACUUCGAGCAGAAAUACUUCUACAAACCUCGUGAAGUGGGAAGGCUGAUGCCUGCUUUCUGGAAAAUUUUGGACAAGGCAAGGGCCCAAGGCGUGAGCUUGAAUAAUCUCUCUUCCCAUGGAAUUUAUGUUCUGAAUUCUGCAUUCGACAAGGUUGAGUAUAAUGAGGUACUGGAUUUCUUGGGUGUGGGAUCAGUAAACGAUGAAUGGUAUGCAAAGUGUAUCCAGAGUUCGAACCUUGUAUUGGGAGUGUCAGAGGAUGUUUAUUUGGAGCUCCUCAUUUUCGUAGCCAAUAAUUGGUCAUCCAAUUUCAGCUCAACCAACAUUGUAUGUAUACCCUUGAUCAAAUAUGUUGACUUCAAUGGGAAUGUGGGUUUGUGCAGUAUUGGAAGCCUAGCGAAGUCUGGCAGUAAGAGUGUAGUCUGUCUAUCACAACAUCUAUCAUGGUUGAUUAAUUGGAACAAGGAAUUCAGAUUCGUUGCCAAUCGAUUUUUUAUGCCACAUAAAACUUAUGAUGCUAUUCAAUCAUGUUAUCAAAAGGAAAAUUUAUUGACAUGGCUGAGAAACUACGUGAAGGUUGAUACUGUGAGCGUGUAUGAUUAUGCAGGCGUUCUACUUAAUUGUCUCGGUAAUGACCGCCAGCUUCUUGUUGCCUUUGCCCACUUCUUAUACCACUCAUACAUAAAGGGUUAUAUAUCAGAAGUGAGCGUUCGACGUUUGUGUGGGAUUAUGCCACUCGUUGAUAACUAUGGCUAUGUGAUGACAGGAAGAAAUGGGGUCCUUGUUCCUGCUAAUGGAAGCAACUGGGUGAAGCUGUUUGUUUCAAACCCAUGGACAAAACAAAGCUAUAUUGAGUUGGGGGAAGAUUACAUGCGUUCUUCUUGUUAUGCUGAGCAAAGUACAAAUGGAAAACAAUUCUUAGAGUUCCUGAUGUGUACUGUUGGAGCUUCUGAUAUCCCCAAUAUAUCUCCUCCCGAUGCUGGGAUUCCAGCUCUGAACUCCCCACUCACCAAGCAAAACGGAUUCUUGCUCUUGAAUUGGAUUAAAACCCUGAAAAAUAAGGGAACUCAUAUACCAAAGAGGCUGUUGACAUGCAUGAAGGAGGGUAGCUGGCUGAAAGUCACCAUGAAUGGUUCUCCUAGUUAUAAACCGCCGUCGGAGUCAUUUUUUCUUGAAUCAUCAUUGGGAACCAUUUUGCAGAAUGGAUCUGUGCUCGUUGACAUUCCUGUGAUCGACGAGAGUUUUUAUGGCGAAAGUAUACACAAUUACAAGCAGGAACUUAAGGCUAUUGGAGUUAUGUUUGAAUAUUCAGAAGCGUGUAAAUUUAUUGGGAAACGUCUCAUGUCGCAGGCAGCUUCCUCCAAUGUUACUAGAAGCAGCGUCUUGUCGAUACUGAAUUUCGUUAAAUUUCUGGGAGAAAAUUACCUUUCACCUGAUAGUUUCAUUAGCAGUAUCAGAGGAGGAAGUUGGCUAAAAACUUGCUGUGGUUACAUGUCACCAGAUAGAUCUGUUUUAUUUGAUCAGGAGUGGAAAGUAGCAUCAGAAAUCAGCAAUAUUCCCUUCAUUGAUCAACCUUACUAUGGUAAGGAAAUCCUUGGUUUCAAAAAGGAGCUCCAGCAGCUUGGUGUUGUAAUUGGCUUCAAUAAACAUUAUGAGCUUGUCAUUCGGCACAUAAAAUCACCUUCGAACCUAACUUAUCUCACAGAUGAGGCCGUACUUUUGGUUCUGAAGUGCAUACGCAACUCAGCUUCCAAUGUUUAUAACAAACUUGUUCAAGCACUUCAAAGUACAAAAUGCUUGAAGACAACUGCUGGUUACAAGUUUCCAUGUGAAUGUUUUCUGUUAGAUCCUAAAUGGGGUUCUCUUCUACAGGUUUUCAACGACAUCCCAAUACUUGAUCUGAAAUUCCAUGGAAGCAGCACGUCCUCAUGGUUACAUGAGUUGAAGCAAUUAGGAGUCUUGGUGGAUUUUGAGGUGGCCAUGAAAGAAUUUAUCAGAAUUUUUCAGCAGAAGGCCCGUUCAUCGUCCAUUUCAGAAAACAAUGUGCUAACCUUUCUCUCGUGUUACAGAAAGUUAAGGGCGAUGUCUCUGGUUUUUCCUCCUGAGAUUAUGAUGUGCAUCUGUGAUGAAAAGUGGCUGCGGACUAAGUAUUGCUUUAAUCCAGUCAGAUCUCCACGACAAUGCAUUCUUUUUGGUCCUGAAUGGGUGUUCAUAUCUCCUGUUGCCACGCUUCCUUUCAUAGAUGACAGCGAAAGUUGUUAUGGCAAAGCCAUUUAUGAAUACAGAGAAGAGCUAAAGAGUAUGGGAGUCAUUGUGCGACUUCAAGAUGGUGUGGAGUUUGUUGUUAAUGGACUGUUAAAUUUUGUGAAUCCCAGCAGCCUCACUCCUGCAAAUGUUCUUGCAUUGCUUAAAUGCAUCCGGCUGUCAGAAGAGAAGAAAUAUUCUUUGCCCGAUUCCUUUUACAAAAAAGUUUCUAACAAAUGGCUGAAGACUUAUGAUGCAGCUGAUUAUUAUAGCCCAGACCAAUGCUGCUUGUUCGAUUCCAAGUGGGAAUUGUAUUUGAACCGGAGAGAUGGGCCCUUCAUUGAUGAAGAGUUUUAUGGCUCUGAAAUCAAAUCUUACCGUGAAGAGCUGAGGGCAAUAGGAGUAACCGUUGAUGUUGAGGGUGCAUGUUCGCUGCUUGCCGACAACCUGGAUUCUCACUCUGACUUUGCCACUAUUGUUCGAAUAUAUAAUUUCUUGGGAGGAAUGAAGUGGGAAGUUAAUGGUGAAGCUGCAAAAAGGAUAUGGAUCCCUGAUGGAAGUAAGAAUGGACACUGGGUCAACCCUGAGGAGUGUGUUUUACAUGAUAAAGACGGUCUGUUCAGUUCUCAGCUGAAUGUAUUAGAUAAACACUAUGAACGUAACUUGCUGAGCUUCUUCACGAGUGCUUUCAGUGUUAAAUCCAAUCCUUCGGUUGAUGAUUAUUGCAAGCUUUGGAUGGGUUGGGAAGGCUCGCGACAGCAACUAUCGAAGGAUGAGUGUUGUGCAUUUUGGCGUUGUGUCAUCGGUUGGAGUCCGGGGAAACAUAAACUUCUCGCUGACAGCUUGCUGAAGGUGCCGGUAGAUUCAGGCUCAGAUGGAAUUUUGUUGCUCAACAAGCGAGAUGUUUUUAUUCCAGACGACCUUCAACUUAAGGACUCAUUCGAAAAAUCCUCUCGCUCAUUGUUUGUCUGGUGCCCUCAGUCCAGCUCACCUUCUUUACCUCGGACCAAGUUGCUUGAAGUCUAUAGGAAUCUUGGGGUUCGCACAAUCUCUGAAUCUGUACAGAGGGAAGAGUUAUCCAUUGAAGAUAGUGUGGAACUCAAGCAGGUGAAUCCAAGUGAUGUGUCAAUUUGCAGAGAGCUGAUUAAACUCACUUUAGGCUUCCUCGCUGAUCUUAAACUUCAAGUUGAAAAGAGGCAUGAAACUGUGAAGUGCCUCCUCAAUCUCACUGCUCUGGAGACUCCAGAACCAAUCACUGCGAAGUAUAGCUUAUCAAUGUCGACAGGUGAAAUUGUGGAUGUCACAGAAUGCCAAAUGAUUCGAUGGGAUAAAGACAGUUCAAGGUUUUAUACUCAGGAGAUGGACAGGUCUAGGGGACCCAAAUUUCUCAUAGAAUAUGCAACCCACUUCUCACAAGUCAUAUCCGAGGGUUUGUUAUGGGAUAGAGAAGAACAUAUAAGUGCACUCUCUGAACUGAUCAAGUGUGCUUUUUUGGUGGAAUUUGAUGAAGAAGCUGUUGGAUUUCUUAUGAAAUCAAAGAAUUUGCAGAUCUUCGUGGAGGAUGAGAAGUUUUUGGUUGAUGAAUUCCCUUCUGAUUAGGUAUAUGAUAUCAUGUGUUCUCAUUGCUGCUGGAUGUGCAAGAGGAGGGUAUAGCUGCCAUAUUACCUAUCUGUAUAAUUUACAUCUUAUCGUGUGGUUUGUUCUGGUCCUCUGUUUCUAAUUAUAUUUCCAAACUAUGUAAGAUUGGGUUGAUAACUUAAUAUCUAUUGUAAUUAUCUUUAUCUUAAUUUAGUGUUUUGUUAUGAA